UUUUGGUUGGAUUAGAACCAAUGUACUGAACUAUAAUGUUUUGGUCACUGUUUGAUGUUUCGUCAGUGUGUCGCGCCCAGCAAUUUGUUUCAAGGAGAAACGACUCUGUUGAUCCAGACAAGCUUAGGCUUAGACGGUCAUUUCUUACAAUGAUGCGCUCUCCAGCAUUCGCUGCCAGCCGUUUUGCAUGGAAGCUGAAGCCUCUCUUUCAUCGCGCGCAGUGGAGACCACAAUCACAAGGAAGCCUUGCUGUUUCGCUUUGCCAUGAUGAUGUUGCUGGAGUACUGCUGAAGCCAGACAAAGACUUGGUGGAGGACAUCUUCAAGAACCAAGAUGCCAUGCUUUUGCUUCAAAGGCUGCAGGACCUAGGACGCAUUCAUCUCCAGUUGCAGGCUGUGCGCUUCAUCAUGGGAGAACAAUUGUCUAAGUACGGGAUGGACAAGCCGGUGGAGGCUGGAGAGGGAGUUGCUGAGCAGGUUCAGGAAAAAGCCCUUCACUACGUGCGUGCCUUCAAAGAUGUAGAAUCAAUGAUGGAUGGCCUCAGGAGACUUCUAGAUCGGAUCAGACGUGAGGACAAGGAGAAGUCGGGAUUUAUGGGUUGGAUCGGUGUAUACCAAGCCAAAGUGAAAGACUCAAGAAAGGAUUUUGGGAAAGAGGCCGAAAAGAUAGUGCUGCCAACGAUAAGCAAAUUGAAAGGUGUUGGCAUGCCAUCGGCAGAUGAAGUCAAGAAGCAAUGCCUGACGGCAGAGAGCCUGUUCAACCAGGUCAUGGAGACAAAAUGUCUUUCAGAUGUAAAAAUGAAAGCCUAUCAUGAGCAACUGAACAAGUCCAAGAGCAAUGUGGAAGGUGCCAGAAAGGAAGGUGAAGAGGCAGACAGGCACUUGCAAACAGUGCGCAAAGAGCAUCAUAGAGCCACCUCAGAAUUUAAAGCUCUGGAGGAAAAGCAGAAGCGACUUCAAAGUGAUGUAAAGAAGGGAGACGAGAGCCUUUCAGCUGCCCAAGUACAGCUUGGCGAAGUUGAGGAGCGGGUGAGAAGGUACACGUUCAACAAAUUUGGUCCUUUUGUCGAAGUCUGGAGACGAGAUGUUGACCGGGCUGAGAAGGAGGAGAGAAACAAACAUGAAGAAAUCACAGGAUUGACGAAGCAGCUUGAACAGCAGAAGGAUGCCCGGGUUGCAUUUGCUGGUGAGAAAGCGAAGGCAGAAGCAGCCUGCAAAAGCGCAGAAGACGAAUUGAAGGCUGCUGAGUCAAAGGCAAAGGAGGCCAGGGAGAAAAUUGAUCAAGCAGAGGAUGCACAUGCCAAGAUUCAACAAAAGAUGAUGGAACAGCUGCAGAAGAAAGGCUUCAUGACCGACAAUGAGGCCUUAGCGUUGAAGCUGAUGGCUUCACAGCUGCAUCGCAAUCUCAAGGCAGCACGGGGUCAGGAAGACCUUGUCGACUAUCCCUUCGAAGGACUCGUCAGAGAAGCCGAGGGCUUGACUGAUGAGAUGAAGAAAGCGGAGACAUUCAAGGUUAUGGCCAACGAAUUGACAGGCUUUUUGGAUCAAUUCGCAGGAAGCCAGACAUUCAGAGCAGACUCAAAGCGUUUUGAAAUUGCCAUGAGCCUUUGUCCAAAGCUUGAUUUUGGCAAGGUGAACAGGCUGGUGACCUGUGGAUCGCCAGACACAUUACAAGGGAUUUUAGCCAGCAACCAGAUCUUUCCAGAGAAGGCUGCCACGAAGACUAUUGAGUAGUCAGUGCGCCGGUGCUGGCAGAACUAGUAGUUCGAUUUUGUUCGAAUGGAAAUGCUCGAGUGGUAAUCUUCGCAAUUUGAACUGAC